UCAGCCCUCGCCGCCGAUGCCCUCGUCCUCCCGACCCGGCUACUCCUCCUACCGCAUCGCCGCGCCUGCGGUCGCCGCUCCGAAGUCGGCCCCGCCGUCUGCCGGCCCUUCAACCCUCGACACCGCCUUUCGGCUGUGGUGCCUGCACGAGGCGCUCAAGCUGCUGCACGAGCCGACCUGGUCACCGUGGGUCCUCGCCUGCGGCGUCGCGGUGGCUGCCGCCGCGGUGGCGCCUCGCCAGCCGCUCGUCGCGCUGGCGCUGACGCUCCGGCUGUGCGACACGGCAAUGCUCAUGCCCUUCUGCUGGGACAGCUUUUAUUGGUGCUUCCAGAUCGACGGCGGCCUGCUGCUGCUGCUGCUGUGCGCGGCCUCCGCCGACCGCGACGCCGUCGCCCGCUCCUGGGCCGAGAUCUGCCGGCUCCAGCUCUCGCUCUUUUACGCCUCCGCCGCCUGGUGGAAGCUCAACACAUCCUUCCUCGACCCGCGCACGUCGUGCGCGCCGAUGUUUUUCCUCACGCUGCUGCCGACGCUCGGGUACACACCCUCGCCCGCCGUGGCCCUCGGCGUCCGCAACCUCGCCCCCGCCGCAACCAUCGGAGGAGAGGCGUGUAUCGGCCUCCUCCUCGCCGCCGCAUCGAACCGGCUGCGGAGGCUCGGAGUGUGCCUCGCGCUCCUGCUCCACCUCGGCAUCUCGCUCACCCCCUCGCCGAACAACGCGACCCCCUUCUCCCUCGCGAUGGCGGCCCGCCUGCUGGUCACGCAGGCGCCCGCGCUCACGGCGCUCCUGCGCCACGCGGCAGAGAGGAGGCGCACGGCGCUGCUGGCGGCCGCAGCCGCAGCCGCGGCGACGGGCAUUCAGUGCUUGCGCGCCCUCAGCUUUGACUCGCGGGGAGGCCGGCUCGGUCAAGGGGUGGCCGACUGGUGGGUGGCAGCGUUUGGUGCCCUCGCCACACUUGGAGUGCGCGCGAUCGCACUCGCCGAGGCGGGCGGCGGCGGCGGCGGCGGCGGCGGUUGCGGCGGCGUGAGAGCUGCGGGCGAUGGCGGCGGCGGCGGCGGCGGCGGCGGCGGCGGUGGCGGCGAGGGCGGCCCUAUGCCUCCACCCUUGCACGGUCGGCUUCGGAGCGGACUGGUGGCGCUCGCAGCGCUGUACGCUUUCGUGCUGCCUGCCCUCGGGCUGCAGGACCAGGGGGCGCCCAACAUGUACUCCAACCUCCAGAUGCACGGCCGCGGGAACCAUCUCGUGGCGCCGACCGACGUGAUCGGCAGCUUGCCCCUCCUCGCGCCGCUCUUCGAGACGGCCCGCGUCGAGGCGAGCAGCAGCGAGCACAUCAACGGCGUGUGCCCCGGCGACGCCACGCCGGCCGAGCGGGCCUGUUCGUUUUGGGGGAGCGGGUGA